AUGACCUUUGACAACAGACGCCUGGACUCUCACGCCAACACAUUUAAAGAAGAUGAAUGGAAGGGUGAUGUUCUUCUUCCAAAUUUACAAUGGAAUGAAUGGAAGGGUGAUGUUCUUCCAAAUGUACAAGUCAAGAAGAAACGCCUGGACUCUCACGCCAACACAUUUAAAGAAGAUGAAUGGAAGGGUGAUGUUCUUCUUCCAAAUUUACAAUGGAAUGAAUGGAAGGGUGAUGUUCUUCCAAAUGUACAAGUCAAGAAGAAACGCGUGGACUCGCACGCCAACAGGUCUAAAGAAGAUGGAUGGAUGGGUGAUGUUCUUCCAAAUGUACAAGUCAAGAAGAACACCGACUCUAAUGAUGAGGACAGUGACGAUGACAUUAUAUUCGUACGCUCUAGCCCUGCCCACCAGAUCGCACCUUCUACAUGUACAAGCCCAGCUACUAGUAUAACUGAAGACCAGGAGCAUGUCGAGUUGUUUGAAGGUGAUGGAUCGAUGCCUUUGAUUAGUCGCCCUAAGAAGGGACUCGCUGCACGUGAAAUACUGGCUCUAAUCUUGCAAAAACCAUCAGAAGAAAGUGUAUGUGUGCAGAAGCCAAUUGGGGUGAGGAAAAAUGCUGUAUUUCUGGUGAAUCUUAACAGUGUAAGGUUGGACUCCUUAAACGCCGAUGACAAUGGGGCAUGGAAAUCAACCCAGCCGAGAACCGACUUCUGGGUUGAUAGGGAUGAGCAGGGGAAAGUGAUAAGAGUAUACGGCGGUACAGUUCCAAGACAUGCCUCCCACCAGCUGUAUACAUUGACAAGGCAGUACUCGGUCCACAAGGGGACCCUGAGUAAAUGUGGGAGAAAGUUCCAAAGGAUCACAUCGGUCUUUUACGACUGUAAUAGGAACCGAUGCAAGUAUGCUGUUGUCCAGUAUCUUCAUGAAGGUGAUAAUGAAGAGGUGCACAUGGCACCACACGGGAAUUCAAAAACCAGACAUAAUCUGUACUAUAGCACAGACCCUGUUGUAAUAGAGAACAUAGAACAGUCUCCCAAGAAAGUAAAGAAAGUCCUGGGAAUGUGUUCCAUCAAAUUUCCGCAGCUUGCGGGGACUCUCGCAGUGUCUCAAGCGAACCAAGAGAUUCUGUACAGUUGUAUAAUGCUCGAAGGGCAAAAAACCCAGAGAUGA